AGUUCCAAAAUUGAAGCUUUGGUGGAAUUUUUAAAUCAAAAUAAUGAUGAUGAUAAAUCAGUAGUCUUCAGCCAAUGGACAUCUUUUCUUGAUUUGAUUGAAAUUGCUUUUAAAGACGCAAAUGUCAAAUUUAUUCGAUUUGAUGGCAAAAUGUUAUGUAAUCAGCGAGAGGAGGCAGUAAAUAAUUUUAACAAUGAUCCAAAAAUAAAAGUUCUUCUAAUUAGUUUAAAAUGUGGAUCUUUGGGAUUGAAUCUUACCGCAGCUAAUCAAUGUUUUCUUAUGGAUCCUUGGUGGAAUCCAAGUAUUGAGGAUCAAGCUAUAGAUCGAAUUUAUAGAAUUGGUCAAACUCGACCAGUUUCUGUCUUUAGAUUUUUUAUUGAGAAUACGAUUGAGGAUCGCGUGUUUAAACUUCAAAAGAAAAAACGUGACUUGAUAUUACAAGCUUUUGAG